AUGUUCUCCGGCGACUCCAUGAGGCAGUUCGGCGCAAAAGAUCAGACUUGUGAACGGCGAACAACUGGCACUUGCAUCAUGCAACAUUCAUCCCAACUGACCCACACUUUCUUAACCAAACAUGGAAUUACAACCAUUCGCCAACCUACCUACUCUUCAGACCUGGCUCCUAGCUACUUCUGGUUGUUUCCAAAAUUGAAGACGUCACUGAAAGGAUCCCGUUUUGAGAGUAAAGAAGAGAUAAUGCGGAACGCGACGAUGGAGCAGAACACCAUUCCAAAAGAAGACUUCCAAAGGUGUUUCCAGCAGUGGAAGGAUCGGUGGGCUAGGUGUGUGGAAGCACAAGGGAUCUACUUUGAAGAGGAUUAG